UCCACUCAUGCAGAACAAGGGCAGCGACACGCUGAAGGCGCUGCUGAAGGCGAACGUGGAGAGGCCGGUCAAGCUGGAGGUGUUCAGCAUGAAGACCAUGCGCGUGCGCGAGGUGGAGGUGGUGCCCAGCAACUUGUGGGGCGGCCAGGGCCUGCUGGGGGCCAGCGUGCGUUUCUGCAGCUUCCGCCGGGCCAGCGAGCAGGUGUGGCACGUGCUGGACGUGGCACCCUCCUCCCCGGCCGCCCUGGCCGGUCUGCGUCCCUACACUGACUACGUGGUGGGCUCGGAUCAGAUCCUCCAGGAGUCUGAGGACUUCUUCUCGCUCAUCGAGUCCCACGAGGGGAAGCCGCUGAAGCUCAUGGUGUACAACUCCGAGUGGGAUGCCUGCCGCGAGCUCACCGUCACGCCCAACGCAGCCUGGGGCGGGGAAGGCAGUCUAGGGUGUGGCGUGGGCUACGGCUACCUGCACCGGAUCCCCACUCAGCCCUCCAGUCACCCCAAGAAGCCGCCCAGAGCUCCGCCGCCUGAUGCCCCGCCACCGGGUACCCUAGCCCGGGACCAUGCCCCGCCACCAGGCACCCCGCCCGGACCCCCACCUGCUCCGGACCUGGAGCCCCACCCACUCCAGAAUGACUACCAGGAGGCCCUGCUCCAGGUCCCAGGCUUCUUCCCAGAGGAGCAGCCCCCCGCCCCGGGGAGCCCCAGCCAUGCCGGCCCGGACCUGGGGGCGCUCCCGUGCUCCAUGGAGAUUCCUCUUCAGCCUCCGCCUCCAGUACAGAGAGUCAUGGACCCAGGCUUCUUGGAGGUGUCUGGCAUCUCCCUCUUGGAUAGCAGCCGUGCCGGUGUGGGGCCGGGCCGGGCCUCUCCCCCGACCUUGGGACGGGAGGAUGUGGGCUCCAGUGGCAGCUCCCAUGAGCGCCUAGGCGAGGCCACGUGGUCGGGCUCGGAGUUCGAGGUCUCCUUCCCGGACAGCCCGGGCGCCGCAGCCCCGGCCGAUCUGCCCCGGCUGAGCCUCCCCGACAGCCUCACGGCCAAGGGAAAAGAUCUCACCCCCUGCCCGGGGCUGGCGGCUCCCGCCCGUCACCCCAGCUACUCCGGAGGCUGA